UUCCUAAUUGAUGAUGCAAGAUGCUAAUCAAAACCAGUUUAACAAAAACCAUCAAGAUCAUCGAAAACCAUUGUAGGAAAAACUGGUUGAAUUGCAGAAUCAGAUGAAGCAGCUAACUUUGUCCAACUUAAUUGGUAGGUGCAUAGUUUCCUGUAUGUUGGUGUUGCUAACUCAAUUGGCUCUUUCUUUGGUUCCUCGUUUUCUCUCUGCUUCUUCCCUUCUCAUCCAACUCCCACUUUCAGCUCUGUUGCUGCUGGUGGUAAUUGGUCUUGGGGGAAGGAUCAGGCGGGUUCUUGGAGUCCAUGCUUCAGCCCCAGCUUUCGUUUUCUUCAGUAUACUCUUUGUUUGGUGUGUUUAUGUCCUUGUUAUCAGAAAAGCAGCUGUUUCACAUGUAAUGGAUGUUGUGUUUAAUGGAGAGGUUGCAAUUCUUAUUAUUGGUCUGUGUAGUAUCCUUAAGAGUGAUCCUGGCUUGGAAAUGUAUGGGUCCAGUGAAGACAGAUGUAUAGAGGAUUCAACUUCAGGAGUUAAUUCUCAAAAUCAGGAAUUGGAGCUUUCCGAUUCUUUCUUGGGUAAGAGGGUGAGACAUUGCAGAAGCUGCAAAGCAUAUAUAAGGGGUCUUGACCAUCAUUGUCCUGCUUUUGGAAACUGCAUUGGUCAAAAGAAUUAUAUUCUUUUCGUCAUUCUUCUGGUUGGAUUCAUCAUUACGGAAGGUUCAUAUGUAGCAUGCUCAACUCAAUUUGCUUCAAAAUUCGGGAUUUUUAAUGGAACAAUGUCAGAGACUAGUCUCUUUGCAAAUUUGGCUGUUAGCACAACAACGUUCUCUAUUCUCCAAUUGGUAUGGCAGGUGCCGUUUCUGACAUGGCAUGCAUAUUGUAUAUGCUUCAAUAUUAGAACUGAUGAGUGGAUUAACUGGAAGAAGUAUCCAGAGUUCCAGUUUGUUGAUCAAUCACAACCAGGGCAAAGUUGUAGAGAGGUGAGGUUUACAAAUCCUUACGAUAGAGGCAUUCUACAGAAUGUGAAGGAGUUUCUAGCAUUAACAGGAUAACAGUAUCAAUAAACAAUAUAACAGAAGCCUUUCAUGGUUGGAUUCCACCUUACAAUUGCAAAAGUCGUAUACUUCAGUAUUUGGAGCACCAGGACAGACAGGUCUCAGAGAUGAGGUUUAUGGGGAACAAAUGACACAGCAAUUAAUCGACACUCGUUUGAUAGAAAUUUUUUUUGCUGUCUGAAUACACUACCUGUAAAUGUGGUUCUUUUCUGAUGGCUGAACAUUUAACAUAAUGUAGCGGUAUAUCAAAUUUGUAGACCUUGAUUUAUCAGUUCCACGAAGAGCAAUGUUAUAUGCUUACAGUGAGUAUUGAAUGGUUUUAUCUUUCAAA